AUGCAUAUACAGCCCAACUCAUCGCCCUCUGUGGUGCUUCAGCAUCGAGGCAGCGAUGAGAGUAAACCCUGUGGCAUCCAGUACUUCGUGAAAAUGUUCCCCUUGUCCAGCGACUGCGUCCAGUCGCAUCACCGCAGCACCAUCAAGCAGGUCGUUCGCAAGAAACUUCUGGCAGGGCGAGCUCAAGCUGGGGGUCCCCAUGGAGAGAAAAUCGCCGUUAGCAUCUGUGUACGCAACUGCUCCCAAAAGGUGGUUAAGAAGGUCAAGGUCAUGAUGCAGCAGCACAUCAAUGAGAUGCUUUUUUCAAAGAGUAAGUUUUGCAGCACGAUCACCAGCACGGAGACCAGCAUGGGCUUCUCCGUAAAUCCGGGAUCUAGCCAUCAGAAGGUGAUGUACCUGGUGCCCACUUUGGCGACCAACUGCGACAGAAGACGCAUCGCCCUCGAUGGAAAUAUUAAUCGAAAGGGCACUGCUCUAGCCUCGACCACACUCAUUGGCAGUCCGGAUGAAUGGGAUGCCAUCAGAAUUAAUAUGUCCUACACUGUGAAAGUAGAGCUCUUCUGA